GGAAGGAGGAGUCAAGUGCACAGCGAUGGUGGAUGAUAUAACGGAUUUUGCGAAUCCUGCAUUUAGUGAGAUGACUGUAGGCUAUCAUUGCUGUGUGGUUAUGGGUACAGAUACGUUCUAUACAAUCUUAAUUCUUUUGGGUGAACGCCGACGCAGUUUUGGGGCUUACCGGCACCACCGACGCUUACGAAUGUCUUAACUCGCACUGAAACAGCUCUGUGGCCACCCAGCCUCUGUCGCGCCACGGUCAGUCGACACCUUCAAAUACCAUUCUGCGAUAAGCGCGAAUCUUCAAUUCCAUGCGAAGGGCCGUGGUGGUCUACUAACGGCAACAGGACUUACAACCAUCAUGAGUCUAACGAGACCGUCCUCUGUUAUCGAUCGUUUUCCCUACUUACCAGUUGAAAUCAUCGCGCUCAUUAUCGAGGAGAUAUGGGCUCUCCCUUUGAGCAAAAAGGAGCGUCAUUUCUUUAUGAAGGCCUCACUUCACGUCUGUCGAAUAUGGAUGCUCACUUUCCUACGUGUCUCAUUCACACAUCUGCAUAUCGUCUCAUAUGCUUACUACAAGUACAUCGUACUCCUUCAAACCGACCCCACUUUCACUUCUAGCACCGUCACAGAUUCAGACGGUGCACAGCUCUCUCUAGGCGCUUAUUUCUGUCGCUGCUGUCGUUCCCUCACUGUCUCCGUCCAAGACACAUUAUUCUACGGCUUCCCUCGAAUAUUCACAAAUCUAUCCCAUAUCCGACACGUAACACUCCUCUACCACAAUGUCAGCCAACAAAUGCCUUUCGCCUACAUCUCCCGAUUCAACACUCUCUUCCCCCCUAGAACCAUCGAUUCACUAGAAAUGCGAUUCACGUACGACGUCCAAGAUGCCGAUUACUCCGCCCGUCUUCGAUAUCUUUACCACUCGAAAGAGUUCUACUACCCCCCAAAAUUCUACUCUCCAUCAGUCAAACACAAUGGUGUCUUACAAUACAAAUUGCUCACCUUGCCGUAUAUCCGUCAUUUGACUAUCAAUGGCGCCAACCCGGCGUUGGUGCUCCUCGUCAAGUGUAUGUCUCCUGCUUUGGAGAGCUUCGAGACGGAUGGGGACCCGGUAGUGCUUGAACUGGGGUUCGACGCUGCGAACGUCCGUCCGCCGCCCGAGACCCCCGAAGAGCGGUUCUAGGGGGAUAAUAGAUACACGAGCUGGGAUGAACUGCCGGAGUGGAUAAAGGAACUGGAACCGCGGAACGUGGAGGAGGAAGUGGUGACGGAGUACGUAGAUUCCGACAGUGACACGUCUGACACACAGCUUCCG